UAGACUGGAACUUGAAAAAGACUAAAAUAUGGAAAGAACAGAAGAGAAUGAGACAUGGAGGAUACAGCUAAACCAAUGCUUAGGUUGAAUCAAGGACCAUGCCACAUGCUUUGUGGACACUGUGGGUCUUGGGGACCGUCAUCAGCCUGUUCAAGGAAGGGGCCCCUGAUCAGGCUUCUUCUCUGACUUGUGACCCCACUGGGAUCUGCGAUGGCCACUCCAGAUCUUUAAUCUCCAUCCCCUCAGGGCUCAUGGCAACGGUGAAGAGCCUCGACCUGUCCAACAACAAGAUCGCCUAUGUCAGCAACAGUGACCUGCGGAUGUGUGUGAACCUCAAGGCUCUGAGGCUGGGAUCCAAUAACAUUGACACGAUAGAGGAAGAUUCCUUUUUCUCCCUGGGGAGUCUGGAACAUUUGGACUUAUCCUAUAAUCUCUUACCUAAUUUAUCAGCCUCCUGGUUCAGGCCCCUGACUUCCUUGAACUUCUUAAACUUACUGGGAAACCCUUACAAAACACUCGGGAAAACAUCUCUUUUUUCUCAUCUCACCAACUUGCGAAUCCUAAAAGUAGGACACAGUUACCACUUCACUGAAAUUCAGGAAAAGGAUUUUGUUGGGCUGACUGUUCUUAAGGAACUUGAGAUUGAUGCUUCCAAUCUCCAGAAGUAUGGGCCAAACAGUUUGAAGGUGAUUCAGAACAUCAGCCACCUGAUCCUUCAUAUGAAGCAGCCUGCUUUCUUGCCGGAGAUUUUUGUAGAUCUUGUAAGUUCCUUGGAACAUUUGGAACUGAGAGAUACUCGUUUGGGCACUUUCCGUUUUUCAAAAGUAUCCACCAAUGAAACCAAGACAAUUAAAAAGUUCACCUUUAGAAAUGUGGAAAUCACGGAUGAAAGUUUUAAUGAGAUGGUGAGACUGUUGAAUUAUGGUUCUGACAUAUUAGAUGUGGAGUUUGAUAGCUGCACCCUUGAUGGAGUUGGUGAUUUUGACCCUGCUAUGGACACAAAUAAAGAUGUCAGUAAAAUAGAGACAUUAACAAUACGGAGGUUGUAUAUUCCACAUUUUUACUCAUUUUAUGAUCUGAGGAGUUUAUAUUCACUUACUGGAACAGUUAAAAGAAUCACAAUAGAAAACAGUAAGGUUUUCCUAGUUCCUUGUUUACUUUCGCAAAACUUAAAAUCACUGGAAUAUUUGGACCUCAGUGGCAACUUAAUAGUUGAAAACUCGUUGAAAAACGCAGCCUGUGAGUAUGCCUGGCCCUCCCUGCAAACCUUAAUUUUAAGGCAGAAUCAUUUGAGAUCGUUAGAACAAACCGGAGAAACUUUGCUUACUCUGAAAAAUCUGACUAACCUUGAUAUCAGUAGGAAUAAUUUCCAUCCUAUAUCUAAAACUUGUCAGUGGCCAGAAAAGAUGACAUGUUUGAACUUAUCCAGUACAAGAAUACAGAGUUUAACUGAAUGCAUUCCUCAGAAACUGGAAAUUUUAGAUGUUAGCAACAACAGCCUCAGUUCGUUUUCGUUGACGAUGCCACAACUCAGAGAACUUUAUAUUUCCGGAAAUAAGUUGAAGACUCUACCAGAUGCUUCCUCCUUACCCAUGUUACUAGUCAUGAGAAUCAGCAGAAAUACAAUAAAUACUUUCUCUAAGGAGCAACUUGAUUCUUUUCGAAAACUGAAGACUUUGGAAGCCGGCAGCAACAAUUUCAUCUGUUCCUGUGAAUUCCUGUCCUUCACUCAGGGGCAGCCAGCACUGGCCCAAGUCCUGAUCGACUGGCCAGAAAACUACCUGUGUGAUUCUCCAUCCCAUGUGCGGGGCCAGCGGGUGCAGGACACUCAUCUCUCGGCUUCUGAGUGCCACAGGGUGGCUCUGGUGUCUGCCGUAUGCUGUGCCCUUUUCCUGCUGAUCGUGCUCGCUGGGGUUCUGUGCCACCGUUUCCAUGGCCUGUGGUACAUGAAAAUGAUGUGGGCCUGGCUCCAGGCCAAAAGGAAGCCCAAGCGAGCCCCCCAGAGGGACCUCUGUUACGACGCCUUUGUGUCUUACAGUGAGCAGGAUUCCCACUGGGUGGAGAACCUGAUGGUCCAGGAGCUGGAGCACUUCAACCCUCCCUUUAAGCUGUGUCUUCAUAAGCGGGACUUUGUUCCUGGCAAAUGGAUUAUUGACAACAUCAUUGACUCCAUCGAAAAGAGCCACAAAACCAUCUUCGUGCUUUCCGAGAACUUUGUGAAGAGCGAGUGGUGCAAGUACGAACUGGACUUCUCCCAUUUUCGCCUCUUUGAUGAGAACAACGAUGCCGCCAUUCUCGUUCUGCUGGAGCCCCUGGAGAAGAAGGCCAUUCCCCAGCGUUUCUGUAAGCUGCGCAAGAUCAUGAACACCAAGACCUACCUGGAGUGGCCCACUGAUGAAACCCAGCAGGAGGGGUUCUGGUUAAAUUUGAGAACUGCAAUAAAGUCCUAAGAUCCUUCAUUAAAGGCCAGUCUUGGAUUAGUA